CUCAUCCACUCCAUCCAAUCUUCACUAAAUAUAGUGACACCAGUGAGAGGGUUGUGAAUACAUACCACACAAAUCAAUGGCUUCGGCUGCUCUAUCAGUAGCCAAUUCUUCUCUCCACGUCAGCAACAAAGGAUCAUUCUCAGAGUUCACUGGUCUUCGAACCUCAUCUGCCGUUCCAUUCGGAAGGAAAGCUAACGAUGACUUGCUAUCUCUUGAUGCUUUCCAUACCUCUGCUAUUGGUGGAGGGAAGAACAAGAGUAGAGUAGUGGAGGCGAAAUUGAAGGUAGCCAUCAAUGGAUUUGGAAGAAUUGGAAGGAAUUUCUUGAGGUGCUGGCAUGGCAGGAAGGACUCUCCCCUUGAUGUCAUUGCCAUCAAUGACUCUGGCGGUGUCAAGCAAGCCUCUCAUCUCCUCAAGUACGACUCUACCCUCGGCAUCUUCGACGCUGAUGUUAAGCCUGUUGGUACUGAUGGCAUUUCUGUUGAUGGAAAGGUCAUCAAAGUUGUCUCCGACCGUAACCCCAUCAAUCUCCCCUGGAAGGAUCUUGGUGUUGACUUGGUAAUCGAAGGUACCGGAGUGUUUGUUGACAGAGAGGGUGCUGGGAAGCACAUCCAAGCUGGAGCUAAGAAAGUGCUGAUCACUGCCCCCGGAAAGGGUGAUAUUCCUACCUAUGUCGUCGGUGUCAAUGCAGACCUUUACAGCCCCGAUGAGCCCAUCAUCAGCAAUGCUUCUUGCACCACCAACUGUCUUGCUCCUUUUGUCAAAGUCCUUGACCAAAAAUUCGGCAUAAUCAAGGGGACCAUGACAACUACACAUUCCUACACUGGUGACCAAAGGCUUCUUGAUGCAAGCCACAGGGACCUUAGACGUGCAAGAGCUGCAGCUCUCAACAUUGUGCCAACCUCAACUGGUGCAGCUAAGGCUGUGGCCCUUGUCCUUCCCAGCCUCAAGGGGAAGCUCAAUGGCAUUGCCCUGCGUGUCCCCACCCCCAAUGUAUCAGUCGUGGACCUUGUCGUUCAAGUAUCAAAGAAGACAUUUGCAGAGGAAGUGAAUGCUGCAUUCAGGGAGUCUGCUGACAAGGAGCUUGCUGGCAUUCUCUCCGUCUGUGAUGAGCCACUUGUUUCAGUAGACUUUAGGUGCUCUGAUGUUUCAUCAACUGUGGAUGCUUCACUUACCAUGGUCAUGGGAGAUGACAUGGUUAAGGUUAUUGCUUGGUAUGACAAUGAAUGGGGUUACUCACAGAGGGUGGUUGAUCUCGCUGACAUUGUUGCCAACCAAUGGAUAUGAAAAUGCUCUUAUCUAUUAAAUAUUAGCUUAAUUUUUUGCCUUACUAUCUGUAGAUUAUAUUGCUUCCCUUUCCCUUUUCUGAAAAUUGUAACCAUCGAGAACCCAGACAGUUUUCUAUCGUAAAUUUGUGUAACAUCAUCAAUUCAUUUCAAAUAAUGCAUGAUCGUAGUGUACAGAGCUUAAA